AUGGACGCGGCGGCCGGCGGCGGCCGCUGGACGGAGGAGGUAGACGACCUGGUGGACGCCGGGGACGUCGACGGCGCCAUCUCCCUCCUCGAGUCCGUCGUCUCCAACCUCUCCACCUCCGCAUCCCCGCCUCCACCGGGCGCCGACCUCCGCCUCGCCACGGCGCUCGGCGAUCUCGCCGGCCUCCACGCCUCCCGCGGGAACACGCUCCAGGCCGACGCGAUCCGCUCCCGGGCUAUCGUCCUCCGCCUCCGCGCGGAGAAAGCCCCCCAGGCCUUAGGAGACCGUGGGACGACGGAGAACUCCUCAUCACCAGUGGCUGUUACGGGAUCCAAGGACUCAGAAGUCUCAGCUAACACCGAUGAGAAGAACGAAGAUGAAGACGAUGAUUGGGAGGCUAUCGCGGAUCGUGGCGACGAGACACUAGUGCGUCCCAUCGGACAGGAGGCAAGGGUGUCUUCUUCACAGAAAAGCAGCACUCCAUCUUCAGAGAAAAGUAGCACUCCGUCUUCGGGGCCCAAGAGGAGGGGAAGGGGUUCCUUUCUUUACGAUAAGAGUGUUCUGUACAGUGACCAGUGUGGUUCAGAGAGAGAUCUGGAUGACAAGGGGUCUGAUCCUCAUAGUGGAUCAAAAGACCAUGAGGACGAGCAGGAGAACAGGACUGGUGCAAAACGAUUUGGGACGAGGCAUGUUCUUGUUCUGUAUGACUUCCCAUCUAGCACACGCACAACAGAUUUGGAAAGGAUUUUUGACAAGUUCGGAGACCAUGGAGUUGCCAUUCGCUGGGUCAAUGAUACUAUUGCACUUGCAGUUUUUCGGACUCCAUCAUCUGCUAGUGAGGCACAAGCUUGUGUGCCUCCAAGAUACAAAGUGCGGUCACUAAAGGAUGAUGACGAUCUCUUGGCUAAAAUAGACGGUACAGACCUAGAACCGCCGACGCCGAGGCCCAAGACAUCCGCGAGAACAGCACAGAGGCUGAUCGCCCACGGGAUGGGGCUAAAGCAGUUCACAAGCAUUAGUGCUGGUGAGCGGAAGGAGCAGGAGGACGCGAGGAGGAGCCGGAUUACUGCCCGACAAGCUGCGCGUGAUGAUGCCUGGGGUUCAGACUGACCAACUGGUGAGAAUUUCUCCACUGGUGGGCAGGCUGCUGCCAGAUCUUG